AUGUUCUUCUUGGACGCGUUCCUCAAGGGCCUGCACAAGCAGGGCGACGAUGACUCCAUCGACAGGCUCAACUACUACUGGACCCCCAUGCUGCUCGUCAUCUUCGCGCUGACGCUCUCCGCCAAACAGUACGUCGGACAGCCCAUCCAAUGCUGGAUCCCAGCUCAGUUCACAGGUAUCGCCUCCCUGGCUCUCCCCUCUUUUCAAAUUGGUUUCAGGUGCUUGGGAGCAGUACAGUGAGAACUACUGUUUCGUGCAGAACACCUACUUCAUCCGACCGGAAAAGUACAUCCCAGACUCUGAGAUCGACCGCGACGCCGCUGAAAUCGGCUACUACCAGUGGGUGCCGUUCAUUCUCGGCCUCCAGGCGAUCCUCUUCUACCUGCCCUCCCUCUUCUGGCGCCUCAUGAACUUCAACUCGGGAGUCGCCCUCAAGAAGAUGCUGUUCGGAGCCAAAAAGGCGGACCGGGUCGACGAGAAGGCCCGUCGCGAAUCGGCGAAGGCAACCGGCGCCCAUCUGUACGAAUCGCUCAGUCUGCAGUCCCGUUUCGCAAAAUACAGUGAGUUUCGUUCAUAAUAAGCCGCCAUCUGUGUCGUUUGGGACGGUCGGAAGACACAUUUUUGGGAGAGGGCGCGGUUGAUGAUCCGGAAGAAAGAGAGGGACAAGAACUGGUUUGAGCGAGAGGCAAAUGGUCUUCGAAUUCAGUUGCCUUUGAUCAAAUAUGGCAACUUUUUUCGAGAGGGAGGGACUGUCUGGAAGUUACUGAGCAGAAAGGAAAUAUGAACUUUGAGGAGGGAAUAAUUUAAUAUUAGGGGACCGUUAUGACGUGGCAAGAGGGCAAUCCGACCUUUGUCUGGUCCGACUCAUUGACAAUUACGCGCCGGUGAUUUGUCGAAAUUCGUUCUGUCCGAUUUGGUGCUGACCACCUCCUUCACUCGUAAUUGACCUUGUCGCAUAAAUCGAAAAAUGUGAUAAUGGGGUUAGAAAAAGAGGAUUAGAUGACGUGGCAACUGAUUUGAGUGUCUCGGCGUCAUAGGAAUCAAGCGGAAAAGGGAACGAGAGAGAAUACAAUUGACGGGGGAUCUUUUCAGCCACCGGAUCCAGCAUCGCCUACGGAGGAUCCUACCUGACCAACCUGUAUCUCUUCUGUAAAGUGCUCUAUCUUGCCCAGAUCAUUCUCCAAUUCAUCAUUCUCAACAAGUGAGUCCAUCCCGCCCAUCCAUCCCAAUCUCCAAUGAUUUCAGUUUCCUCGGCACUUCGUACACCUUCUGGGGAGCCGGAAUCCUCUCGGACAUUCUGAACGGACGCGAAUGGGAGGAGAGUGGUCACUUCCCGAGGUAACGAAUCCAAAGUCAUCGGAAGAUUGGUAUCUCCUCUCGAGAUGCCUGUGAUGCCCACUGAAGGGUGGCAUCGAGGUCAUGCGCGUAAUGCGGGGCACCGCCGGGAGUGUUUACCACUUCGAGGGACUGACUGUUAAUGGGGACUAAUUGAAUCGAUGCGACGCUUUUCGUGCCACAACGCAAACACUGAAAGUGUCAGUGUCUGAUGACGCAUUGCUUGUUUGAGGGAGUACAAGAAUGAGAAGAGUACGGUAACGGUGACUGUCAUGUUUUUGGGUGUAAAGAGCACUCAAUUGAAUGCUCUCUCAAUCCGUGGGCACCCAAUGGUCAGUGGAAGGGGGGUUCACACCCGAAUUGGGGGAAGAAUGGCUCAUAAAUCAUGAAGAAUGCGCCGAAUAUUCAUUGUUUCGAAGCGAUGAAUUCGUCGGAAUUCGCCUGUUUGCACGACUUCCAAUAAACGUUUACGGCAUGUAUUUGCAACGCAAAUACGCCAAGGAAAUGAAUGUGUUUACCGCGCGAAUCGCGCCGCAAUGGUAUCGAAAAGGGACGAUUUUUCCAGAGUCACCAUGUGCGAUUUCGAGGUGCGAGUGCUCGGAAACAAGCACAGACACACUGUGCAAUGUGUGCUGAUGAUCAACAUGUUCAACGAGAAGGUGAGGGAGAGGGAAGAUAAGCAUCUGAAUAAUGUGACUGGGUGUGGAGACCUUGACACCUUCUGCCGAAAAGAAGACUGUAAAAGAGGCGUCGAGGAGACGUCAAGCAAUUAUUUUGAUAGAAAACGACUGGGGGAUACUGUGGCCUCUCGAUCCAAAACCGUCCCGUCUUGCAGGUCUACGUCUUCCUCUGGUUCUGGCUCGUCAUCGUCGGCCUCGUCACCUUCCUGAACCUCAUCAACUGGACGCGCAAGCUUCUGUUCCGCACCGCGCGCAAGGCUCACAUCAAGUCGUACCUCCAAGUGGACGGUCUCGUCGACGAAGAUCGUGGUAAGUUUGUUGGCGUACAAUGUACUAAUUGCGGGCGCUUCGGUGGCCGUAUAAUUUGAGUUGACAAGGCCGUACCCGUCCGUUUGACUGCUGCCACUCUCAAUUGCAUCAUGACCGUAUUCGCCCUUUGCGGGUGGAAAACACGGCCGGGAGGUGUCAUAAUAGCGAAACCAUGGGAAUCUGCGAGGCGCGCAACCGGAACCAGUCACCUCUUAGGGAAUUGUCCGGGAAACACUUUAGGCGGGGCAGUAGUCAGAAAGGAAAUACUCAAGUUGAAUUGGAUGAACAUUUCAACUUAUUUCAGCCUCAAGCAUUCUCGAUAAAUUCGUGGACCACAAGCUCAAAUCCGACGGCGUCUUCAUCACGCACCUCAUCGACAACAACGGAGGAUCCGUCUACUCGCACGACGUCAUCGUCAACAUGUGGGAGCGGUUUUUGGAGGAAGAGGGUCGUCGGUCCGAGAAGAAUCCGGCCGAGUUCCGCGAGAUCUGA